CUUAAUUUAUAUUUUGCAAACUCAUUCCAAUGCAUCAGUAGCGGAAAAUAUUCAAAUAUUCCAGCAAAAUAAUAUCAUGAGUUGAGUGUUUCAGUUGGCAGCACUGUGUCGAAUUGCCGCUCCAUACAUACAAAACAUGACAUUUCAUAUCACACUCACAACUUUCAAUCGAAACAAGUGAUGGGCUGCUGUCCAUUUAUUUACAUACGGAACAUUUUGUGUUAUGGUGUGAACGCCACUAGCAUCGUUCGAUUUCUAUUUUUCUACUACUCUUUUGUUUGUAUCGCUUGUAAAUCAAUUUUUUUUUUUCGUUAUAAAUACAUUUCAAAGUGAAUAAUUUACGGCGACGACAAACACACAAACUAUACGAGAUAAGGCAGUUUUGACAGCAUUAAACUCUUUUGAUAAGAAUUUUACGUUGAUUUCAAAAACAAAUGACGUACAAAGUGUUUCGCAGUGUAGAAGAACACUAUACCUGAAUAUUAUUCGCGAUAAAGUGCAGUGAAUUUUUUUUAGUGUUUGCAUAAUUAAUGCACUUACAACACUGUGUGGUUAAAUAAGAACUAAAUUCGCAAACCGAAGAAGGCCAAAUACCAAAAUGUCACUGUCCAAACCACUCUUCAAUGCGCUGAGUUUUUACUUGGAGCAAUUGUUCAUGCAUCCACUGCGAACUAAAUCGAUUACCAGCUGCGUAUUAGCGUCCAGUGCCAAUGUCGUCUCGCAAAAACUCAUGGGUCACAAAGAGAUCAACCAGCAAUCACUUUUUGCAUACGCUCUUUUCGGGUUAUUGUUCGGUGGGUCAAUGCCUCAUUACUUCUACAAAAUCAUGGAAAAAACCCUCGUUGGCCGAACCAAAUUGAAUCAAAUACUAUUCUUUGCCUGUGAACGUCUUAUCUACACACCAUUGUUCCAAGCUCUGUCGCUAUUUUGUUUGUCCAUUUUCGAGGGUAAAAGUCAAGAAGCAGCAUUGCAAAAUUUGUUUACUCUUUACUGGCCGGUUCUUAAAGCCAAUUGGACAUACUUAUCUUUACUCGUGUUCAUCAACAUAAGAUUUGUGCCGCCAAUCUUCCGUGUGCUUAUUGGAAAUCUCAUUGGAUUCGGUUGGGUCAUUUUCUUGACGAUGAAACGGCGCAAGUUGCAAAAUCAAUUGGACACCGCGAAAAAUACGCGCAUCGUAGUGACUGAUAGUGAUUCAUCGUCAGGCACCGGUGGUGCAACUAAAAAACGAAAGAGUAAAGACAGCAAUUGAAUCCAAAUAAACGACCCGUCGCUUGCGUACUCGCUCAAUUUUAACCGUGGUAUUCGUGAUCUUAUCAAUCGAAGAUCAUGAAAUGGAAUUCGUGGUGACGGACUCUUACACACAUAUGAACAAUAUUUCUGAACAGUGCCUAAAUUUUAUCGAAUCCAUUCCGUUUUAGUUAAUUAUUAUUUGUUGACUUUUGAGUUUUUGAGGAACUUUCAUUUUUAAUUUUUAUAUUUUCUUUAAGUAAGAAAAACAAAUCACUGUGAAAUUACACACACAUUUCUGGAAAAGGGUCUUAGGUCUACAAACUUAUCGAACAAAAUGACAGAUGUUUUCUUUUUAAAAUUAAUUCAAACCAAAUUGGAUAUUGUUUUUUCAACAUUUCUGUUUGUUAUCGGCAAUAAAAAAUGUUUUCAAUUUUAAA